UGUUCUCUCUCCCUCUCGCUCUGCUCUGUAGCUUUCCCACCGAAACCUAACGCAUAUCUAACCAUUAAUCUGUCAUUAUUCAUCCGUUUGCUUCCUUCCUUCCUUCAUAUUUAUUCGACCAUCCUCGGAGUCUUCUCAGUUCUUACUGAUUCUCUGUAAAGCAACAUCACCGGAAGUUGUUGAAAUGCAGGAAUUAAGACUGGAAAAUUCGGCCAUGACCUUCGACGAGGUCUCAAUGGAGAGAAGCAAGAGCUUCGUCAAGGUUCUGCAGGAACUGAAGACCUUACGGCCGCAACUUUAUUCUGCCGCUGAAUAUUGCGAAAAAUCUUAUCUUCACAGUGAGCAAAAACAGAUGGUACUGGACAACCUGAAGGAUUAUGCAGUACGAGCUCUAGUAAAUGCUGUUGAUCACCUUGGCACUGUUGCAUACAAGUUGAAUGAUAUCUUUGAGCAACAAACAUCUGAUGUUUCAACCUUGGAGCGAAAACUUUCAUGUCUGAAUCAGCAAAUUCUUACUUGCCAAAUUUACACGGAUAAAGAAGGUCUCAAGCAGCAGCAGUUGUUGGCAUUCAUCCCAAGGCAUCACAAGCAUUAUAUUUUGCCAAAAUCGGUCAACAAGAAAGUACAGUUUAGUCCACAGAUACAGACAGAUGCCAGGCAAAAUCAUAUACUGGCAAGGCCUCGUAUUCAUCUUUCAGGUACCCCUGCAUCAAAAACUCUUUCCUGGCAUUUAGCCUCAGAAACAAAGUCUAUCUUGACUGGGACUCAAAAUGUGUUAACAGGCAUUGAAGGUCCAAAAGCUACUGGGACAACUCCGGGAGUCUUCCAACUGCUGGAUGCUGAUGUUGCUGUCUCAUCAAAAUCCUCAGCUGGUCAUCUUCAGACAGCUAAGGGAGCUCCUGCUUCUAGUGCAGUUGUGCAAACAUUUGGUGUAACACGCAGGGAUUCUUUGGAAGGAUCCAAACAAUUGGCACCAUUCAAGUCCUUUGACAAUGCAGGUAGGCGUGACAUUGUACGUGCCCCUGCUCGCAACAAGAGCAUUCUAUCUGCAUUCUUUGUCAAACACAAAUCAAUGAAGCUGUAGAUCUGCAGUGCCUUGUGAUAUUGAAAGGAACAGUGGAAUACUAUCUGUCAACUUUGCUUUCAACUAAUCAAUAGGUGGUUUCAACCAUCUCUCUAUGAACAUAAUUAGUGGAGCAUUUCAUGAGUGGGCAAGUCUGAAGAUCACAAAAAUCAGAUGAUCCUCUACCCAUGGUGAUCUUGGUGGAAUAAGCAAACAGCAUUGAGGAAGUUCUGAAUCCUGGCAGUUCAGGAUUUUCCAACAUAACCAGCUUCUGGGCAGAUCUUCUAGAUUGAAUUGACCUAAUAGAUGAGAUUUUUCCCUGUUUUUUUGUUCUCUCUCUCUCUGUUCUAUCAAAAUUGUUGUUCAUUUGACUUCUGUUUAUAUUUAUGAUUCAUGUAUGCUGGUGGUUGUGAUGAAUUGAAGUGAUAGUCAAUAGCUAAUUUUUAUGUUGACUUG